AUGUCUCUCCAAUCCCACUUCCCUGGCGUCAAGGCCGAGGUCACUGAAGCUGGCAGCACCCGUCGGACCAACGCCUCAGCCAACGGCUUCAAGGCUGCCUCCGCGCAGGCUCCUCCGCCAGCAUUCGCCGAUAUUGCGAAGCCUGCCAAUGAUUUGAUCAACAAGGACUUCUACCAUGCCGUUGCCGCGCUCUUCGAGGUCAAGCUGAAGACUCCGAGCGGUGUCGCGGUCACGACGAAGGGAACUUCGCCUCACGAUGGAACUACCAGCGGUUCCGUCGAGGCCAAGCAAACUGUCACAAAAGGUUCGAUUUGCCUUCACUCUUUUUAUUGCGAAUCACAUCUCCGCUACCCUAGUCAACGACGUUCUAGGGAUCGACCAACAGGUCCAUCCCAAUCAGGAGUGCUCCUUGAACAACAACCACAACAGCAACCACAACAACAACAACCCUCUCCUUCUCACGCUCCUUAUCGUUCCAUUCACACCUUCACGGACGUCGCACUAACUCGAACUUUCUCCCUCCUAGGCGUCACGACCACCAUCACGUCCAACACCGCCAAGCUCCUCUCCGCUAAGGCCGAACUGGACAACCAGCUCGCCCAGGGCCUCAAGGCCGAGCUGGUCGCCAACUACAAGCUCGACAAGGGCCCCACCGGCGGCAAGCUCUCCCUGUACUUCAAGCAGCCCAUGUUCCACACCCGCGCAUUCGUCGACUACUCGCACAACAGCGGCGCGGUCCAGGCCGUCGUCGACGGGGUCGUCGGCCACGAGGGCUUCCUCGUCGGUGGUGAGGCCGGGUACGAUGUGCAGAAGGCCACCAUCACGCGCUACUCGGCCGCGUUGGGCUACCAGGCGCCGCUGUUCAGCGCCGCGUUGACCGCCCUGAACAACAUGAGCGUCGUGCAGGCGUCGUACUACCAGAAGGUCAACUCGGCCGUCGAGGUCGGUAUCAAGGCUUCGUACGACCUCAAGACUGCCGGCAACGUGGGUCUGGAGAUUGCUAGCAAGUACAAGAUCGACCCGCUGAGCUUCGCCAAGGCCAAGAUCAACGACCGCGGCAUCGCCUCCAUCGCCUACAACACCAAGGUCCACCAAGGCUUCACGUUCGGCAUCGGUGCCUCGCUCGAUACCCAGAAGCUCAACGAGGCGGGCCACAAGAUCGGCACUAGCUUCACCUUCGAGGGCUAA